AUGGGUCGCAAGAAGGUAGUUACUGAUGAUCUUCUGGCCGACAUCCCGAACGUCACUACCGUCCAAUCUCCAUCUUCGCAAUCUCAACCGAAAUCAAAGCCAAAAAGGCUGAAGAAAGCCCAAGCUAAGGCAACAGCGAUCCAGCGUGGCCACUCCUUUGCGAUGCAAGCCUUUGCCAUCAAGAAUGAGUUGGCCAACAAGACUAGGGAGACUGCUGGUUUGCAGAAGACCAUCAAUAAGGCUGAGACAAAGAUGAAGACCUCGACAGAUCAGGCCGAGGCAGCCAAGAAGGCUCAGGACGAGGCCGAGGAAAAGGCUGAUGUUGCAGAGGCCAUUGCCAAGGUCCUUGCGGUCGAAAAGAAAGAGGUCGAAGCAAAGAUGGUCGAGGCCCAAAAACAACUCCAAGAUGCUUUGGCCACAAAAAAGGCCGAGAUCAAAGCGGCAGAUGAGAAGGCAUAUGCCGAGGAGGCGGCCGAUGUUCGAGAUGAUUACAAGAAACAAGUCAGACAGGCAUGCAACAAGGGCUAUACCCUUGGUUGGAUGGCUGCUCUGAAAGAGUUAGUUGUCCCCGAGGACUCGCCUCUCCGACAAAACAGUCAUAUUGUCCUCCUAUUCCCCCCUACUCCAAGCCAAUUCGAGGACGAGGCUGAGUUUGAGGAGGAAGCUGAGGCCGAGAAGACGGUAGAAACUGCUGGGGCCAAGUCCCCAACUUUGAAUGAGCAAGUCUUGGACUUAACUCAGGAUGAGGAAUAUGAAGCUUUAAAGGGUGCCUCUUCCCAGAAGACAACCUCCGAUGUGCCAAUCGCCGAGAGAAGCAUCGAUCAGACUCUACAAGAGAUCGUUGCCGAGCUCGAGGCUAAGAAGGUUGCCGAGAAGUUACCACAACUGUCUUCUGGGAUCGAGACCUAG